CUCUCUCGCUGCCUGUAGAAACAGGACUCUUGUCAUCUGAGCUCAGGGGGAGAAGCUCCGCACACGAAGCUGAAUCUGAGAAAUAAAUGACGUCUUGUUGCCAGUCUUCCACUCCGUGUGCCCGCUUUCCUAUACAGUUUAAAUUUACCGUCACAGACAGGUAGGGAGAUCCCACCAGGAGGUAUAUGUCACAAUGCUGAAACCUGAAGAGAUUAAAUGUGAAGAUAUGGGGCAGCCAGUGCUGAAAUCAGAAGAGACUCAAUGUGAAGGAAUGGUACUGCCUGUUUUGAAACUGGAAGAGAUUAAACAUGAGGAUGUGGUGCUGCCAGUAAGCUUGAGUCCUCAGCUAACAUCUGCUGGUGUUCUCUACACUAACACAUCUGACAGACAAAUGAAGAACAAUACAGGAACGGAGGACUUGCACCGCUGUCUAGAGUGUGGGAUGCGUUUUAGCCAUCAGUGUGAUCUCCAUCUUCACCAGUGCAUUCAUACAAGAAAGCAACCAUAUUACUGUUCAUACUGUGGAGAGAGUUUUGUUCUACUGAGUCAGCUUCAACGGCACCAGUGCAUUCAUGCAGGAGAAAAGUUUAAUGACGAGUCAGCGUGCGAGAAUGAUAGUACUGUUAAAACAAAUCAGGGCUUUCACACAAGAGGGAAGCUGAAUCAGUGCUCAGACUGUGGGAAGAGUUUUAGUCAACGUAGUUAUCUCAAAAUACACCAGCGUAUUCACACAGGAGAGAAACCGUAUCACUGCUCAGAGUGUGGGAGGAGUUUUAUUCGACAGAAUCAUCUCCGACUACACCAGCGUCUUCACACUGGAGAUAUGCCGUUUCAGUGCUCAGAGUGUGGAAAGAAGUAUAAUCAUCAGCUUCAUCUCCAGAUACACCAGCGCACUCACACAGGAGAGAAACCGUAUCAGUGCUCGGAGUGCGGGAAGAGUUUUAUUCAAAAGAGUCAUCUCCUGCGACACCAGGUCACUCACACAGGAGAGAAGCCACAUCGAUGCUCAGAGUGUGGGAAGAGUUUUGCUCUACAAGGUCAUCUCAAAAUACACAAGCGCAUUCAUACAGGAGAGAAACCAUACCGGUGCUCAGAGUGCGGGAAGAAUUUUAGCUUACAAAGUAGUCUCCAGGAACACCAGCGCAUUCACACAGGAGAGAAGCCAUAUCAGUGCUCAUACUGUGGGAAGAGUUUUAAUCGACAGAGUAAUCUCAAACUACACCAGCGCAUUCACACGGGAGAGAAGCCGUAUCAGUGCUCAGAGUGUGGGAAGAAUUUUAGCCAGCGGAGUUUUUUUCAAACACAUCAGCGCAUUCACACUGGAGAGAAACCAUAUUACUGUUCAGAUUGUGGCAAGAGCUUCAGGUAUUCAAGUAGUAUAAAGAAACACAGCUGCAAUAAGAGGAAGCUGGAAACUCAUGACACAUGAAUUUGUCAAGUGAAAAUAUGGGAUGUUUGUUAGGCUGGAAGUUUAAAGCAACAAAUUCUGUAACUUUGAUAGGUGCAGUUUAGGCUGGUUUGACAGUUUAUUAGGUAAACUGUCACGCAAAUUGUACAUUUUUAUCAUCAGUUAGUGUUCAGUUUGGUGGAAUGGGAGAAGUGAGUGACCUAGGUUAUGUUGAAUGUUGUGCAGGACGUAAUCUCAAACUAAUGACAUUUACGGCAUUUGGCAGACAUUCUUAGAGCAACUUACAAUUUGAUCAUUUUACAUAGGUAGGCGAAUGUGUUAGGACUCUUGCCCAAGGACUUUUAUUGGUAUAGUGCAGGGUGCUUGAACCCCAGUCUACAGCACAGAAAGCAGAGGUGUUACCCACUACACCAUACCAACCACAUAACAACUCAACCUCGAAGUGCACUACUUAUGGGACUUUGUCAGGAUGGUCAACAGAUGCUGUCAGUGAAAAACAAGCAGUUUUGUCUAGUGUGCACAGGAGCAUAAGAACUGGGCUGUUAAGGAGUGGAAAAAAGUUAACCUGGCAAAUCCAGAGUACUAUAGCAUCAUACUAAUGGAUGAAUUAGAAUUUGGAGCAAGCAGCAUCAAUCUAUGGACCCUGCUUGGUGUGAACAGCGCCCCACCAAAUGGUUCAAGUAACAUGUCAGUGAGUUUUUAUUGCUUGAGUGGCUUUCACAGUCCCUGGGUUUCAACUCUACUGAGUUUUUUUUUGGGAUAAGGAUGAAAUGAGCUGACAGCAGCAAGACUGCACAGUUCCAUUAUUUCGUACUAGAGCUGUACGAUAAAUCAUAUUUUUUAUCUGGAUAAGAGUUUCCGCUCAUUGUUAGAACGGUGAUGAUAGAACAAAUCUAAUUAUCUCAACAUUAAUUACUGGCACAAACCGUUACAAGCCUGCUUCUCUGUGCUGGAACUGAACCUGCUCUCCCACAUGGGAAACAAGUAACUUAACCAUUCGGCCAAACGGCAACUACAAAACGCACUCAGAGAAUGGAAAUGGAAUUGGAAAUUCAACUCAAAACAGCUGCAGCAAAGGGAAAAACAUGCAGCACAUAGGCUGCUCAGGCUCUACUGUUUUUCUGCUAGCCAGUUGGGCUCCUUUGGCUCGCUACCUUACGCCCCCCAGAGUCUUUCAAAAUAAGAGUCCUGGACCACCUAGGAACAUGGUGCCUAACUACACUCAACCAAAAGCAAGAAUGUUACUUUUAAACUAAAUACAACCCGGUGUGUCUGAUGCCACAAUAUUUAAUAAAUAUACAAAAAAUAAAAUGAAGGAAUAUGUAUUUGUUCAUGUAUGCCUAUAUAAAAAUAAGUAUUUUAUGUGGUUUUGUAGCUUUUAUAUAAUAAACUGUUGAGAUAUUACUGUUCCUCAGCUUUUCAGCACAAAAAAAUGUGCCCUCAGUUCUGAUGUAAAUAGUUGUUAGUAUUUCAUUGUGAUACCCGACAGCUUUAUCGAACAACACAUUUUAUGUCAAUAUCAUGCAGCCCUAUUUCAUACAAGAAGUCUUCACUUCCUCUCUCUUGUGAGAUCUCUAUGUUUAUGUUUAGGGUGCCUUAAAGUUGUUGUUCUGUAUCUGGAUUAUUCUUACGAACAUGACAAACACUGGGACACAACUUGGAAAAAAAUGUAAAAGACAAACAUUUUUUUGUUGAUCACAUUGUUUGCAUCAUU